GCUCGGUUGACCUCCCGCCCUCCCUUUUCUUGUUGCCCCAGCGCCUGCUCGAUGGCCGGGCAAUCUAGUCUGCACUGAACCUGGCCAUCCCUGAAUCGACGGAUCCGACCAGCCAGCCAGUCGUUGCCUGCGCCGGCUUGUUCCCUCUACGCCGCGAGCCCUUCCCUCCGCCACACCGCGCCACGCCGCAGGGACAAUAGGAAUUAUAUAUAUACACUACCGCCUCUCGGAAGGCGUGGACCCGCGCUUCCUUACUUGCAGUCAGCCAUGCAGCGGGUUUCCGCCCUCCUCCCGUGGGAUCGCAGCCGGGCAAGCACCGGCACUGUCAGCACCGGCAGCCUCCACGCCAGCAAGAACAGCACCGAGCUGGUGCGUGGGUGGGCCGACAAGAUCCCCUCGCCCGUCAACCGCUUAAGUACCCACAAGCUCGGGAAAGAUCCCCUCUGUCCUGCGACUUUGGACAAGGAAUGCGACAAGGCUGCUCGCAUCCUCAAGUCCUUCUGUGUCGAUGGCUUUUCCACCCCGGACGACCGGCCUAGCAGCCCGUCCACGUACUCGAGCAACAAUUCCUCGCAUAGGCUGCUGAAGAAGAUACCGCCGCGGAUAAUACAGAACGCCGUCGGCCUGGCUGUCUUUACCUCGAUGCGAUCCGGAAUUUGGACAACCGGGUCGGGCGGCAGCGGCAUUCUGGUUGCGCGCAAAACCGACGGGACCUGGUCCCCGCCGUCUGGACUCCUCCUCCAGACGACGGGGUUACGCUUCGUUUUCGGUGUUGAUAUCUACGAUUGCGUCCUCGUCAUCAACAACUUCGCCGUGCUCGAAGCCUUCGCUCGGCCACGAGUGACCGUCGGUACCGAUGUGACCCUGACCGCCGGUCCCCUGGUGGCCUUGGGCUUGCUUGAAAACGACGUCACCUGGACCGACCUGAGUGAUAGGGCAAUCACAUACAUAAAGGCCAAGGGACAGUCUGCCGAAGUCAAACUGGACGGUACCAUCAUCAGCGAGCGGGCCGAGGAGAACGAGAGGUUCUAUGGGAUGAAAAUAGGUGUCGCUAAGAUCCUCGCGGGCGACAUCAACCAAAGCUUGCCCCAGAUGCGACCCCUGACCGAAGUGCUCAAGGCCGCAGAGGGUAGGACGGACUACGACGCGGCCCUUGUCGAACAGAUUUGCUCUCAGCCGGCGCCCGGGGACGCGACGAUCGAUUCGCCCAGUACGGGUGGCUCGUCGCCCGCCUUCGGCCUCCCCGAUGCGGAAGACCCGGACCCCUUUGGCGUUUUGGCGCUGGAGAUGGCCGGAAUGGGUAUUCGUGAAGCUGGCACCCGCCUCCGGCCCGACAGCAGCCAAUUCGAAUACAACCCCAGCCCGACGAGCCCCUUUUUCCCUCGAGCCGGCCGCCAAAGCGUCGACACUUUCUUAUCCCGAAGCAACCGAGGAAGCUACAUGUCUAACAAGACGGUAGCCACGGAACGAAGUCUGAUGACCGACGCCGGUACUCAGACGUAUUUUGUGACGCCUCAGACAACCCCGAGCCCGAGCCAGAGCCAGAGCGAAGAUGGGAGUCAAUUCCAUACGAUGGAGGAUCUCCCCGAGGUCAAGGAGCCGAUCGAGUUUGAUUAUACCAAGAUCGACAUUAAGGCAUUGAGGAGUCUUUCAAAAUUCCCCGACCUCGACGACGAACCCGUUACCACCGUUUCAAUCAAAGAGGAGGAUGAGGAGCAAGAAGAAGAAGGAAAAGAAGCCGAUUCGAAGAAGAGAUCAGAAACUUUACCCACUCGCGACGCGGAGUCUAAAUCUCGUGUGCAGGUCGAGAGCGACGAUAGCAGUGACACCGACGAGGAGGAGCGGGGCCAGAGCAACACCGAUAAGGGUGAUGUCGAAGAGGAGGAGGACGACGACGCGGGAGACGAAUCGGACGCCGAAGAAGAGGCUGUCGUUUUGGAGGUAGCCGUGGCCCCGGCGCCCGCUCGCGUGGCUAUGGGAGCGUCCCGGGUCACCAUUCCCGCGCGAGUUCCGCCUCCUCUCCCGGCUCGCAGUCCCGCGCGCGCAUCCUGCAGGCGCAGCCAAAUGGGCGACGUCAGCGGCCUGGUGGGCAGCCCGCUUCGGCAACAGUUCGAGCUCGACGCCAAGGCCGAGGGCGAGGUCGACGAAGCCGCGACACCGAGAGCUAAACGUAGCACGGACGGGCACUCGGAAACGAUCGAGGUUGUGCCGGCAAGAGACGUGCCGCGGACGUCUCACGAAACCGCGGUGGGGGCUAAGAAGGCAGACGAUGCCCAAGAGGAAGACGACGCCGAGAAGGCUAGGAAUACCGAGGAGGCUGAGGACGCCCAGGCUGCGGAGGAUGCCGAAAAGACUGGCGAUGCCGAGAAAUCAGCAUAUCCCGUAACCCCGAUUCGAGAGUUUGAGGGGCCGAACGGCUACGCUUCUAGGCGUGAUGACGACCAAACUCCCCGUGGAGGGAAGGGGGUAACCCAAACACCACCGCCAGCGGAGGAAGGGAAUAGCUUGAAAGCGAGGCCCAACGUAACCGUGUCCGUUGCCUAGGGGUACCCGCGAUGUUCUAAUCCCCACCCCACCCCCCUUUUUUUUCACCCUUCAUUCACGACUUACGGGAUGCUUUUUGGAGUUUUGGCGAGAUCAUACAGGCAAGGUCUCAGGAAGAGCAAGAUACCACGAUGGUUAGGAACGAUCGAUCGGACUGCAGUUACGGAAGCUGGCCC